AUGGCAAUAAAUAAUUCAAUUGUAAUAUCUUCAUUUCCAGAAGAUGAGGAACAAAAUACUUUUUCAUGGUUGAUUGGAAAAAUUUUUUGUCGACCAUAUUGGAGUGAAUCGGAUAAUUACACAAAGACAAAUACAUAUAUAACAACAUCUGACAGUGGAUAUUUUGACUGGACUAAUUCAGAAGUCUCCCGUUCAUCUUCUUAUCACUCACCCACUUCUAGAAUUUGGUCAGAUUAUGACUUAUGUGAGAGAGAUGACGAAGACCAAGAAAAUAAUAACUUUAUGAAGGAAAAAUUUGUUGACUAUAAUAGUUAUAAUAAAACUAUUUCAAAAUCAACUUCUAUUUUGUCAUCAUUUCUCGACUACAUACCAAAUCCAUUUUCUAUAGAAUUACCAAAAAAAAGUAAUUCUUUAUAUCAAUUUAAAAAUAGUACAAAAGAAUUUUCAAAUUAUUCCCUUGAUAAUAAUAAUAAUAGUACUAAUUGUGUUUCUGAAUCAAUAUCAAAAACAUAUUUCAAUAAUAAUAAUUCUAAAAUAGAUAAAAUGUCAUCAGUUCGUAAAGCUUCAGAAACCCAAAUCUCACCAGUGGCAGAACAACACUAUAGACGUUUAUUAUCUCAAAUAAGUUUAUCAAACUGUUCUUUAGUUAAUGAAAAUGAGGCAAUGAAAGAACGUCUUCAGGAAUUAGAAAGUUUGUUAGAUGAUCACAUGAAACAUUUAAAAAGUAUUUAUUUUACAUUACACAAAAAUGGAUAUUCAAAAUUACAAUUCCCAGAUGGAGACGAAGUUAAUUUAUCUCAAUUUGAAGGUCUUUUAUUAAAUUUUAAAAAAAGUUCAUCAACGGAAGAAGGCUUCAAAGAAGAAAAUAAUUUGGAUAAACAUUUUAUUGUUGAAAAUUCUUCCUCCGGCGAAUCAUCUUAUAGUUCACGUAAAUUAACAAAUUCUUUUUCUGAAUUGCCUCCAGUCGAAGAAUCAUACUCUGAAUGA